CGGAACGCUCCACGAGAGAUCUCGGCCGCGUCCGCCACCUCGUUCGGCACCGCUAGUAAACAUUUAGUCAGAUUUUGGCCAUUGCAAGUGUGGUUCAAACUUUUCAAACUUCUCGCUUGCCUUUCAAAAGCCAAACAUCCCAACCAACAAUCAAAGUUCCCAUCAAUCAAAGCGCAUCAAUCAAACGGUUCUCAGUCUGAUUCGCAUUCGUCCGGGUCGCGUUCAAACCAUUUUGGAUGAUUCAGGACGUUGCGGCUCCAACCGUCCCGAAACCAACCCCCCAGAAUUAAUUGUUAGCUAUGCCCAGCAUCCAGUUCGAGGAAAAUUCGAAAAGUCUGCAUUUCAUUCCAAGUUAGCAGUGAGCCGGCCGAAGAUGAUGUGCGUUAAGCUGUUGGUUGCUGUUUUUCGUCCAGCAGCCAGGAAGUCUGAACCUGGAUAUCUAUUGCAUGUUUUGAGGUUGGAUAGAUUUGUGGUGGACAAACUGAGCAAUGGACUGGGUCUAGGGCCAAUUGAGGAUUCGUCAAUUUCUCACACCAGGAAAAGCAGACAAUGUGCAAAACAGUCGAAUUUUCGCUUUUACCUCGGGCAAAGACAUGGACCUACUUGCUUCUCAAAGUCCAAGAAAGCUGGUCAAUGCCGGAAAUGGUGGGAUUUUACAGUCAAACCUCAUUGCCAGUAUCGUCCGCAUUGCAUCCUUCCACCUCCGAGGACCUUUCCGUAAAGAAGCUGGUGUGCAGUCCCGAUUUGCCAUUGCCAGCGUUUCCCCAGGCGCAGGAUCCUCAAGCACCGCAGAUCGAGCAGUGCUCAACUUGCAGGAAAAUGUUCGGCUCCAAGGCGGCCCUCCAAACGCACCAGCGCCAAGCCCACCUUAAAGAAGAAGGAGCCGAUCCGUACCGGUGCAAUAUUUGCUCCAAGACAUUCGCCGUGCCAGCUCGUCUCACCAGGCACUACCGCACCCAUACGGGGGAGAAACCCUUCCGGUGCGAGUUCUGCGACAAGAGCUUCAGCGUGAAGGAGAACUUGAGCGUGCAUCGCCGCAUCCACACGAAAGAGCGGCCCUACAAGUGCGAGGUUUGUUCCAGGGCGUUCGAGCAUUCGGGCAAACUCCACAGACACAUGAGAAUCCACACGGGGGAGCGGCCGCACAAAUGCACGGUUUGCUCCAAAACCUUUAUCCAGUCCGGACAGUUGGUGAUCCACAUGCGCACGCACACUGGUGAAAAGCCCUACGUAUGCACGGUGUGCCAGAAGGGCUUCACUUGCAGCAAACAGCUGAAGGUCCACUCGCGAACGCACACUGGGGAAAAGCCGUAUUCAUGCGAAAUCUGCGGCAAGUCCUUCGGCUACAACCACGUGCUGAAGCUGCACCAAGUGGCGCACUACGGGGAGAAAGUGUACAAAUGCACCAUUUGCAAUGACACGUUCAACUCGAAGAAGAGCAUGGAGGCCCACAUUAAAAGCCACUCAGAAAGUGUGAAUGUGGCAGUGCAACAUCCGCCGCAGCCUCCAACUCCGCCAUCCUCCAAUCCUUCCAGUGAGUCGGGCGCGAGCGACAAGGAGAACUCCAAAAGCUCCAUGGAGGAGGAGCUGAGCGCAGCCAGUCAAAGAACUCCCGACGCAGAGGAUUUGUACUACUUGUGUUCCCGUAGUCGGCUAUCGCCUUCUUAUCUUCAGACCUCCUAUCCGGCUUCGUCGGCGGGCGUUGAAUUGCUGGCCGCAGCUGCCACUGCCAGAGAAAGCAGCGACUUCUACUCGCCAUCCGGCCAGGACAUUUUGUUCAGCUUCAUGAAAAACUCGCCCCAGCCGCUUCGCCAUCCCGCCUACUUCUCCAACGUGCCGACGCCGUCGGCCAAUCUGAGCGCAGGCGACGACAUCAGAAAGCGCGUUGAAGCCGCCUUGGUUCUGGACGAGAUGAGCUGCUCAGAAGAGGAGCGCAUUAUGACGCCGCCUAGUUCAAAUCCGGUAUCGCCUGCCCCACCGGCCUCCCCCGACCCAGAGCUGAGUCUCCCGCCUCGGAAGCGGUCCAGGAUGAUCCAAAAGUCCAUGGAAGACAGCAUCGACCUAUCGCCGGUGCGAUACAGCGUCAUACAGUACGCCGGGACCUCGUAAGACUGUGCAAUUGACUCAAUCAUGUAGCCGUGUGUAGCUUAUUUGUAAUUAACUUUAUUUUUGUUCUGUGAUAAGAAUUUUUUACGUGGCGUAUUUAGUUUCAGAAUCUAAAUGGUGGUGCCUGUGGCGGGAACCUUGCAAUAAAAUAUUCUUUGUAGUUGUGUGACCUCAAGAAUGUAAAUGAAUGUGUAAAAACCCUAAAUUAAGCCUUACAUAGAUAAAACGUUAUCACUACCGAUCAAGACCGCGAGAUGAAGUUCAAUUGUGAGCUAACGUUUUGUCUUCCUUCGAUAUUGUUAUGAUUUCUAGCUGGGAUUCGGCUGGAAUAAAUAGGCAAAUAUUGUUCGGUUUAAUAACAAAUCAAUUGGAUUAGGUUAUGUGUCGUUUUGUUCUUAAAUUGUUUUCAAUGUUAUUUUUUUAAACAAAGACGUACUGUACACGUAAGGCUGAGCCGUAGGUUUUUCUCAAAUCGAUGGUCUUAAUUAUUGUAUUAUUCCGUAAUAUUGUCGUAGUAUCUGUAUUUAUAUCUACAUUUAAAAAAUAUAUAUAAACACGAAUAAUAAAUAUUAGACUUUUCA